AUGUUUCUACGUUCUGUGUUUGUUGUUGCUGCAUCCCUAUGUCAACUAGGCACUGCUGGACCUGUUGCGAAUCAACGGCUGUCAUUCAUGGGUCCAUUCAAUGUCGAGGCUGGUGGCGUGCAUAAUAUACAUGUCGAGUACCAUAGGCCCAUCGAUGGUGAGCUUUCGAUCCACUAUGGCGUCUGCAGAAGGGCAUCAAAGGAAUCCUUCCAUCACAAGGUUGGACGGACGCAUGUUGGCUCACAUCCUCUUGCUAAGAGACAUCUGGACUGGUCAGAUAGGAGGCCCACUCGGUUUGUCUGGCUGCCACCUUCGGACAUCGAUCGAGGCUGUCUUCAGGCAUGGAUUGAAGAUGAAUUGGUCGGCGAGUCGGAAGAAUUCAUGGUGAAAAGGAGGGUCAAUCGGCGAGGAUUGUUCGCAGAUAGCACAGAUGCAGUCGGUGCAUGGUUCGACGGCGUGGAGUACCUGAGCCAGAAGGAACCGGAUGAAGUAUUUGUGUCUUCCGUGAAGACGAAGCGGUUUGGUAUUGUUGGAGGGGGCAUGGCAGGUCUGACUACUGCACUCCUUCUUGACUCUGUGGGCAUCCACAACUGGCAGAUCAUCGAAUCCACGGGCAGGAUAGGAGGCCGAGUGCACACGUUCUACGCCCCAGGAACCACGGGCGACGACUACCAGUAUCAAGAAAUGGGACCGAUGCGGUUCCCAGUCGAGAUCACGGACAGCGACACGAAUGAAACCAUCCAGAUCAUGGACCACCGCCUCGUCUUCCAACUCGCCGACUACCUCAACAACAUGAACAACAACGACUCCGCACUCGCCGUGAACUUCAUCCCCUUCAUCAUGUCCGGCCAGCAGAACCUGCCCUCGUCCACAACCCAGCGCAGACCAGACGGCACCGUCCCCACCGUCGGCGAAGUAUCCGCAAACCCAUCUCUCGCCGUCAACGCCAGCGCCCAAUAUCUCGACCCCUCAGCCGUCGAAGCCGCACAAGCAGCAUACGACGCAUGGGUGCACUACGACGACGCAACCAUCAAAUCCAUCGCCUCCAACGUCUUCAAAGCCCACCGAGCCGCCGUCGACUCCGGCUUCCUCGACUUCAGCGAAGCAGGCUACCUCCGCUACGCCCUCGAAGCCAACCGCAACACCUCCGACCUCCUCGACAGCCUCUCCGCCACCGACCCAAGCUGGCUCUACGAAAACGUCUACUUCUCCGCCACCUCCUGGCGCACCAUCGACAAAGGCAUGAACCGCCUCCCCCUCGCCUUCUGGCCCCUCAUCCACAACCGCACCCUCCUCAACACAAAAGUCUCCCGCAUCACCUUCCACCCCCAAUCCCAAUCCCUCACCCUCCACUCCCUCCCCCCCAACGCCUCCGCCUCAACCCCCUACACCUCCCACCCCGUCGACUACCUCACCAUCGCCGUCCCCUUCCCCAUCACCCGCUCCUGGCGCUUCUCCCCCCCACACUCCUCCCUCCUCACCCGCGCCAUGUCCUCCCUCAACUACGCCUACGCCUGCAAACUCGCCCUCCUCUACAAAUCCCGCUUCUGGGAACACUCCCCAUCCCCAAUCUACGGCGGCUGCGUCACAACCUCCAUCCCCUCCCUCGGAAGCACAUGCUACCCGUCCUACGCCCUCAACUCCUCCCGCCCAGGCAUGCUCCUAGCAUCCUACAUCUCCGGCACCACCGCCCCGCUCGCCCUCGGCGGCCUCGCCCACGCCGCCCACGCCGCCAUCGCACAGCGCGCAAUCGAGGAGAUCCACGGGCCCGUCGCCGCGGCAGAAUACACGGGUGUGUACGAGCGCGUGUGCUGGGCCAACGAGGCGGAUGAGGGCGCGAGCUGGGCGAGCCCCGGGGUCGGGCAGCAUCCGUUGUAUAUUCCUGCGUUUCAUCAGACGGAGCAGCGGACGGUGUUUGUGGGGGAGCAUACGAGUGUGACGCAUGCUUGGAUUUUUAGCGCGGUGGAGAGUGCGGUUAGGGGUGUGGUGCAGGUUUUGUUGGAUGCGGGGCUGGUGGAUGAGGCGAAGGGGGUGAGUGGGCGGUGGAUGGCGAGGUGGAUUAGUGUUUAG